AUGCUGGCACGUUCCGCCCUGCGCGUGCCCUCCCGGGCCAUCGCACGCCAGUCGCUCGGCAAGACGGCCACGCGUGCCUCUUCCACCGCCGCCGGUGCCGAAUCCGCCAGCUCCCCCUUCUACCUCACAAUCACUGCGUCCCUCGCAACGGCCGCGGCUGCCGGUUCUGCCGCGUGGUACUACCAUCUCUAUGGCCAGGAGGCUUUCGCCAUGACCCCUGCCGAGGAGGGAUUGCACCCCGCCCAGUACCCCUGGGUGCAUGAGCGCUUCAACAAGACCUUCGACCAUGCUGCCCUCCGCCGUGGUUUCCAGGUUUACCGCGAAGUCUGCGCUAGCUGCCACUCCCUGACCCGUGUCCCGUGGCGCUCGUUCGUUGGUGUCAUGCACACCGUCGAUGAGAUGAAGGCCAUGGCCGAAGAGAACGAGUACGACACCGAGCCCAACGACGAGGGCGAGCUCGAGAAGCGACCCGGAAAGCUGUCGGACUACAUCCCCCCCCCUUACAAGAACGACGAGGCUGCUCGUGCCGCCAACGGUGGUGCUCUGCCCCCGGAUCUCAGCUUGAUCAUCAAGGGCCGUCACGGUGGCUGCAACUACGUGUUCAGCCUGCUGACAGGCUACCCCGAUGAGCCCCCCGCGGGUGCCAGCGUCGCUGCGGGCAUGAACUUCAACCCUUACUUCCCUGGUACCGGUAUUGCUAUGGCCCGUGUCCUGUUCGAUGGUGUUGUUGAGUACGAGGACGGCACUCCCGCCACCACUUCCCAGAUGGCCAAGGACGUCGUCGAGUUCCUGAACUGGUCCGCCGAGCCCGAGAUGGACGACCGCAAGAAGAUGGGUGUCAAGGCCAUCACUCUCCUGACCGGUCUGUUCGCGAUCAGUGUCUGGGUCAAGCGCUACAAGUGGUCGCCGAUCAAGUCGCGAAAGAUCGUGUACAGCCCCCCGAUCCGGCCCCGCCGCUGA